AUGAACGCAACGCUUGGACAACAAUAUCUGCUUGCCAGUAAGGCUCGCGGGAAGCUUGAGCGCUGUGCUCAGUGUGGUAAGAACAAAGAUUACAAUUUAAGAGUGCUAGUAGGUCAUGCAAAUUUGCUAGAUCGUUUGCUAAGCGGUAUUGACAAAUAUCGUGGGAAAGCUGCACAACGCGCCGAAGAGUGCAGUGUGGAAUAUAUAUCUAGUGAAGACGAUUUUGAUGAACAAUGUCGUGAAUUCCCUUCUUCGAGUAGCGCAAGUGAUUCUAGCUCUUCAGAUUAUGAGUCUGACGAGGAAGACGAGUAUGACGAGGCACUUCGUUAUACGCCUUUGUCUCUUUGCGGUAACCAGGGGCAACCGCCCGUGGUAGCGAUCGCCAGCGAACAACUUUGCGACGAUUAUGAAAGCGACAGUGAAAGCGAUGUUGAACAUCAAACAAUGGCUCCUUUGGAGUUUCAUUGUGAGCCGAUACACGCUUGA